ACCCGGUUACGGAAGCCGACGAGGGUCGAGCGCGGGCCGGGCCUGGAGGAAGUUAGCGGCAGAACCCCAGGUAGCGGUGGAGAGCGACUCGGACCCGAUGGCGACCCCAGAGGCCAGCGGCAGCGGCGGGAAUGGCGAGGGCUGCGACCCCUCCGUCACCUACUUCCGGCUGGAGGAGGUGGCGAAGCGAAACUCGGCGGAGGAGACGUGGAUGGUGAUCCACGGGCGAGUCUACGAUAUCACCCGCUUCCUCAGCGAGCAUCCUGGUGGGGAAGAGGUUCUGCUGGAACAAGCUGGUGCUGAUGCAACAGAAAGCUUUGAAGAUGUUGGCCACUCCCCUGAUGCCAGGGAAAUGCUAAAGCAGUACUACAUUGGUGAUGUCCAUCCGAGUGACCUUAAACCUAAAGGUAAUAACAAGGAUCCUUCAAAGAGCAGUACGUGCAAAAGUUGCUGGGCAUAUUGGAUUCUCCCCAUCGUGGGCGCUAUUUUUAUAGGUUUCCUGUAUCGUCACUUCACGAGCGACAGCAAAUCCUCCUGAGGAGACCGUGCUGAAGUGUGGGAGCACAUGCUCCAGGGAGUGAGAAGUAAAGACUGACUUUGGAGGCUGCAGCAAUGCUCCCUCCUUGAAUCCUGCCAGUUCCCUCAAAUUGAAGCCAAGAUGGUUGUCCGGAUGUCUAUCCUCCUUCGAUCUAGGACCAGGGUCCUUCUCCAGCCAGAGCCUGAUGCCCAGAGCAGCUACUCACAUUGUGUCCUUGCCAGGGUUUCUUCUCACUGGCUUCUACUUGUUCCCUUCAUUUCAAGAGUUAGUACUGAUGAUUAGAGUUCCUAUGUGGUAUUGACAUGGCCUUUGGGGACAAGAUAUGAUUUCUGAUCCUUUGAAUUUGCAUUAGAUAUAUUUAAGGGAACAGUACUCUAGUUUUGAAUCUUUUCCUGUUUUUCUUUUAAGUAAAUGUAUUACUUUUUAAUUUUGUCAUUUAUCAUAAGUGGUUUAAUUCAUGAAGUUAAGAUAUGUCUCUUAUUUAAAACAUAGCUGCCAAAUUAUCUUAUUUAUGAUUAUUAAAAGUAAGGGACCUGAAAGAUAGAUCUUAGGGUAAAAGCAAUUGCCACAAAGCCUGAUGACCUGAGUUUCAUUUCCUGGACCCUCAUGGUAAA